GCCGGACAUAGCUCAGAGUCCAGAAGGUGCAGUUGGACCGCAUGAUAUGGGCUCAACCUGUUCUUCCAGCGAUCUGGCGUUCACCGUUCGAAUUCCGACUUGACAUGAAAGAAAGAAAGGAGUAUCGAUUUCGAUCGAAUAUUUCUCCUCUCAAAGUUACUCUUACGAGCCACUGUUCAGCUCCAGCUUCGCAUUCCCCCCACCAUGGGCACGGUUGAAGUUCUUGUUGCACAAAUCCAAGGCUUGUCGACUACCGCCGGCGAUAUCUCACGCCUCCAUACUCUUCUCAAGCAAUCAGAAGAACUACUUCACGCCGAAACCUCUCGUUUACCUUCCGCACUAGCUCAACUUGAUGCUUCCAAACAUUCUUUAGGAUAUCUCUACAUUCUAGAGGCAUGCACUUCUGUACCAAUUUCACAAGAGCAAUCCAGUUCAAUUCUUCUAACGAUUUCAAGAUUUAUCUCUUCUUGCAACCCUGAGCAGAUUCGUUUAGCACCUGAAAAAUUUGUCUCUGUUUGCAAGAGGUUUAAAGAUCAAGUUAUACAAGAGGCUCCAAUUAGAGGGGUGGCUCCACUUCUUACUGCUGUUAGAAAACUCCAGACCUCUUCAGAACAUUUAACCACUUUACAUCCGGAGUUUCUUCUUCUCUGCUUAUUAGCCAAAUCCUACAAAACUGGCAGAUCCAUAUUAGAUAAUGAUAUUCUCGAGGUUGAUCAACCAAGAGACCUGUUUCUUUAUUGUUAUUAUGGGGGGAUGAUAUGCAUAGGACUAAAGUUAUUUCAGAAAGCACUUGAGCUUCUUCAUAAUGUUGUAACUGCUCCAAUGCAAUCAAUGAAUGCUAUAGCUGUUGAAGCAUACAAAAAAUACAUUUUAGUCUCUCUCAUUUAUAAUGGACAAUUUUCUACCAGUCUCCCAAAGUAUACUUCUUCAGUAGCACAGAGAAAUUUAAAAAACUUCUGUCAGCCCUACAUUGAAUUGGCAAAUAGUUAUAGCACAGGAAAUGUGGAGGAAUUAGACACCGUUUUUCAAACAAACAGGCAGAAAUUUGAAAGUGACAACAAUCUUGGACUUGUAAAGCAGGCUGUAUCUUCUAUGUACAAGCGCAACAUUCAGAGAUUGACACAGACGUACUUGACCCUCUCUCUUCAAGAUAUAGCCAGCACUGUUAAACUCAACAGCCCUAAGGAAGCUGAAAUGCAUGUCCUACAAAUGAUCCAGGAUGGUGAGAUCUUUGCAACAAUUAAUCAGAAGGAUGGAAUGGUUAGAUUUCUAGAGGAUUCUGAACAGUACAAAUCAUGCAGGAUGAUUGAGCAUAUCGACUCUUCUAUUCAGAGGAUCAUGACACUUUCUAAGAAAUUGACUGCUAUGGAUGAAAAUAUAUCCUCUGAUCCUCUAUAUCUAGCAAAGGCUGGAAGAGAGAGGCAGAGAUUUGAUUACGACGACUUCGAUUCCGUUCCUCAAAAAUUCAAUAUUUGAAGGGGGCUAUGGAAUGUGAUUUUUGUAAUAUUUUUUCUUCUGCUGGAUAUAGUUCAAAGAGACAAAGCCUUUAGAGGUCAUUUGCUUGUGAGUAGUGUAUGUUAUCUCAUUCUCCUUCCUGAAAAACUAAUUUUGUGUAUGCUUUUAUGAAGUCUCUGUUCCAUGUAAUAGAGAUCUGAAUGAGAUACCGAUGAAGGGCCAGAAGGCUUUUUUUGAGUAGAAGUCGAGAUCAGUUGAUCAACAAAA